AUGUUCUUGCCUCCUGGCAUUGAGGCAGCCCCUGACCCUUCCAACUACCGGUAUUUUAAAAUUAUAAUGACGGGGCCCGCUGGCACCCCUUACGAAGGCGGCCGCUACCGUCUUGAGCUGUUUCUGCCGGAGCAGUACCCGAUGGAGCCCCCCAAAGUUCGUUUCCUGACGAAAAUCUACCACCCGAAUAUUGAUGCGCUGGGACGCAUUUGCCUAGACAUUUUAAAGGACAAGUGGAGCCCCGCACUGCAGAUUCGCACGGUGCUGCUCUCCGUACAGGCCCUCUUGUCGGCUCCCGAACCCGAUGAUCCCCUGGACACGAAAGUGGCGGACCAUUUCAAACAUGAUCGCCAAGCAGCAGAAGAAAGAGCGCGGGAGUGGCGGCAGAUGUACGCGGGUGACGAGACGAUCACGUUAGAUUGA